AUGGAGCCCGGACGCGCGCUCUCAGCGGCCUCGCGCAGUUUAUCUGCCUCCUCGUUGAAAGACAGGCUCUCAAAAUUGACAACAACUCCAUUGCGACCGGUCGCGGCGCUGCAGGCGAACAUUGAUUUCGUCCCUGCCAAAGUACCGAGGAAAAGACGGCUGCAGAUGCUUGCAGUAGCCAUUUGGUCGGUGCUCAUUGUGAUCACGACGGUCACGUUUCUGCUGCUAUGGUCGAUACCCCCACUCUGGCCUCUUUUGACGUUCUACACCAUUUGGAUACGAUGGAUAGAUAAAAGCCCCGACUACGGCGGGCGACCAAGUCAUUGGUUCAGGUCGAUGGCGCUCUGGAGAUAUUUUGCGGAUUAUUAUCCUGCUUCGUGUGUCGGUUGGUUGGAUUCGGGGAAGUUGGUUAAUCCGGGAUUUCAGGAAGCUGAACUGCCGGCUGAUAGGCCUUAUGUGUUCGGCUAUCAUCCUCAUGGCAUCAUCGGCAUGGGUGCCUUUGCAACAUUUGCGACAGAAGCAACGGGCUUCUCCAAAGCCUUCCCCGGCAUCAAGCCGCACCUCCUCACCUUGGCCUCAAACUUCAAAAUGCCAAUAUACCGCGAUAUCAUCUUGGCCCUCGGCAUAUGCAGCGUGAGCAAGCAGUCGUGCUCGAAUAUCCUGAAAUCUGGGCCGGGGUCCGCAAUAACUAUCAUCGUUGGAGGCGCUGCAGAAAGCUUGAGUGCGCGGCCGGGGACGGCGGAUUUGACGCUGAGACGAAGGCUCGGGUUCAUCAAAAUCGCGAUACAACACGGAGCCGACCUUGUGCCAGUUUUUUCUUUCGGCGAGAAUGACAUAUACCAACAAAUGCCGAACGAACGAGGUACGACGAUAUACGCGCUUCAGAAGAAAUUCCAGAGCAUCUUCGGUUUCACGCUGCCAAUGUUUCACGGGCGAGGUCUUCUGAACUAUAAUCUUGGGCUCAUGCCAUACCGCCGGCGGAUCGUGGCAGUCAUUGGCAAGCCGAUACACGUAACGCAAUGCGACCACCCCUCCUCGGAAGAGGUCUUCCGCAUCCAGAAGAUAUACAUCGACGAACUGACCAGGAUAUGGGACACUUACAAAGACGAGUUUGCGAGGGCGCGGAAGCGUGAGCUUAGUAUUAUCGAAUAA